UACGUAACGUAUACUAUAGAUACAUGCGCGCAUAUGCGCUUGACGGAACGCAGCCUAUAUUGAAACAUAACCUUUAAAAAUAUUAUUGGUGAUAUUAUUGUGAUAUUAUUGUUGUCACAUGGUUGACGGCAUGUUAAAUACACCAUAAAAAGAAGUGCAAUCAAUAUAGGAAAUAAUACCAAAUGUUAGAUUCUACGCAAAUGAUGCAGGAACUCGACGACUGUUUCGUAAGAACAGCGGUAAAUAUUGCGAAAUACUAUGUUGACAAAGAAGAGAAAGAAAAGACGCUGACGCAGUUAAGGAAUACUUUGAAAGAGAAUUGUAUAGAAAUUGAAAAGAUGAGAAUGGCAGAAGAGAUCAAAGAGCGAUUAGAACAUGUGUCAGAGCUUGAGCCAGAUAGAAAAGUGGAGGACAUUACAAAAGAAUAUAAUAAAGCUAUAUCUGAGAUAAAAAUUGAUCCAUCAAAAGACAACAGAUUGUUGGAGUUUGAUCGCCAGAUUGAAGGAAUAAGUCAAAGUAAUGGAAUCAUAGCAAAUAGCACAGUGGUUGAUGACUCAGAUGCAGAUCUACAUUUGACAAGCCAUUAUAUAAAUGUAAUCGACCCGAUUUCAAAGAUGCGGAUGACCAAUCCAGUGAAAAAUGCAGUUUGUGGUCACAUCUAUGACAAAGAAAGUCUUACUGCAAUGUUAAAGAAGAACAAAAAUACUAGAUGUCCUGUAAUGGGAUGCACUAGCACAGCCUACAUAGAUUUGAGCCAAUGUCGCAUUGAUGUGAUGACGAAAAUGUAUCUUGAGAAAAACCCUGCUUAAUUUCAAAAACAGUGGCUAUAAGAUCAAAUGAUCAUAUAAUAUGAUCAAUGAUAUAUGAUAGAUAUACAUGAUAUAUAUACACAU